ACAUUCAUCAACCGUAGCACGAAUACAUCACAGCCACCCACAAGAAGUAAUAGUCAUGAUGGAAUGGAUGCUUUAACAAAUGCCAAAGAAACCACCACCACCAGCAACAACAACAACAACAACAACAACAACAACAACAACACUGCUAGUGCCACGGGUACAUGUUUGUUUAUCACUUGAAAAUGCAAUCAAGUACUGACGAUACAAAAAAAAACUUAAAUGAUAGGCCAGCAAGAGCAGCACGACAAACUUCCAGAUGAUGGAUUUCCUCUGAUACCAGCACCUGCAGACGGCAUCUCAGUUAGCACAACAGGACGAGGACUGUAUAUACCAGACUGGCUGUCGCAAGUAGGCGCUGAGCAAUCCAGUCCUGACAAUAACAGGAAUAGCAGCAUGUUUGCAAAGCCAUCCGACAUCCAUACAGACUUGCUGAGCACCUAUUUUGAGCACAUCCAUCCUUAUUUGCCCAUCAUCCAUCGUCCCACUUUUCAGAAGCAGCUGCAAGAGAACAAGAUAUGCGAACUUUUACUCUAUGCAAUGUAUGCAGUAGCCUCUCGUUGGCAGCAGCACCAGCAACAGCAGCAACAGGUAUCACACAUGCAACAACAGCAACAGAACCCUGCUGGAUGGACCUACUACGAGUCUGCAUUCAAACUAUUGGAUAACUGUGCAGAUGCGCCAAGGCUAUCAACAGUGCAGGCACUGAUCCUGAUGAUCAAGUACCACGAGCAUGUCCGCCGUCCUGGAUUCUUCUGGCGCACGCGCUUUUAUUUUCAGCUUAUCGUCCGCAUGUGUCAGGAUUUGCAACUCUACCGUCUGCACCAUCAACACCGUCACCAUCGUAGUAACAGCAGCAACAGCAGUAUCACCAGCAAUGGCAGCAGCAAUGGCGAUCAGCUUCAUGCAGCUGAUACAGAACAACGCAGUCGUUUGUUUUGGGCAGUUUAUGCAUAUGAUGUGCUUACCAGCACCGAGCAAGGGACUGUGGCAAACUUUACGAAAGCUUCUGUCGACUUUCCACAACUGUUGCCUGAAGAGGAUGGAACAGAGCGUGAUGUUAUCACAUACUUUCACUGGACGGCCAAGAUUGCACAUAUCCAUGGCAAAAUCUUGACGUUCUUAAGGUCAAAAUACGGUCAAGGCGCAGAGGAUCCUAGUAGUGAUAGCGGUGGUGGUGGUGGUAAUGGCAACAGUGAAGACAACAACAGUACCAAUGGAGUAGCGAUACGUACAUUGACAACGGCCCAAGAACAAAAGCAACGCGACAACUUAGUCAGCAACAUUGAUGAACUUGGAAAAGCCAUGUCCGCUGCUAUUCGUCAACCGCCCAGCGCAGAUGACAAAUCAUCGUCGGCAAAACAAUAUCCAUACUAUGCCUCGCGAUUUCUGUACAUGUCGUUCCACUUUACCGCCAUUCUCCUGCAUAGACCCUAUGGCGAAGCAUCAGCGUAUCAUCGUGAGCAAUGCUUUAUUGCUGCAUUAGCAAUCACACAGAUCGCGAGCGAGCUAAUUCAAACGGGCGGUGUCGAGUGUCUUUACUAUUGUCCGCGUGGUGUGCAGCAGGUCAUUCAUUAUUUGGCAGCAUCCAUCACUAUUCAUCGGCUCUUGACAUCUCCUUCAGUAUUAGCAUCAACAGCAACAGCAACGAGGUCUAUACAAAAGGACUCCGCUACAACAGAAAAACGUGCCAGAGAAGCAUGCGAUAAGUCGUUAGAUAUCAUCCAUCAAUUGAUAAAAGUGUCGCCUGCAGUUGAAAUUUAUACGGAUCGACGCGAGCCUGUUACACCACCUUCACCGUCCCCAACACCCAUGGAGGAAGUACCCAUCUCGCCUCCAGAUCGUUCGGCCAAAGCGCGCCGAGUCAGCAAAGAAUUUAGCGGCAUUCGUCAAAAUAGCAGCGGAGGGUUGCCGACAUCUAAGUUAAACAGUGGGAGUAAUAACGCCACAAUCAUGAACAAUACCCACAGCAACGCUGCUGGUAUGGCUAUGCCACCCCCGCCACAACCACAGCAACAACAAAAUACUGCCAUGAACAACACACCUGCUGUUAACCCUGCUACACUCGUCCAGCAACAGCAUAGCCCAUACCCUCAAUCACACCGGCAACACCCUAAUCCGCACCGUCUAUCAGCACCUACAACGAUGAUGAUGGACUAUGCGUCAUCCAUGUAUCUCCAGCAAACUCCACAACCAUCUCCUGCCACCCCGUACUCGAUCCAGCAGCAGCAAGCGCAAUAUGGUAUACCCAACUUCUCACAAGCAGCCGCCGUAUCGAUGGCCACCAAUUUUUAUCCACAAUCUAUAAUACAACAGCACCAGCAACAACAGCCAUUUAUCACGUCACAACAGCAAGUUAAUCACCACACACAAGCACAGCACCAGCAACAACAACAAUCUAACAUGUAUAAUCAGCAUCUUCACCAACACCAGCAUCAUCAUCAUCAUCAUCAUCAGCAACCCCAACAAUUACAACACCACUCACAUCGGCAACAUCAACAUCAGCAUAUCCAUCAUCAACAACAACAUCCAUCCACACGUCGCCAUACGGUUUCUGGCGAUAUGAACGCUAUGAGUAAUUUUAUGGUAUACCCUGGUAUCACGACUACCCCAUCAUUAGCUUCCGUGAACAGCCACGACCUCAUUGAUGGUACAUGCAGUGGUGUCACUGCUGCCAUCUCUGCCGCUGCCAUAAUGAACCCCUGGCCAACAUCAACCUUUACCGAUCAAGAUUUACAAAUGGACCCGUACAUCCAGCCAAGUGUUGCACAAAGUAUGAUGGGGCUAUUGAUGGACCAGGAUGAGAACUCCAUGUUUGCUGCCACAGCAGCUGCUCCCGCACCACCUUGAGUGUGAGAAACUUUCUUUUCGCGUAGAGUGAUGUGUAUG